AUGUCUUCGACAAGAAAACCUUCUUUGGAAACACUACCGACUGAAAUACUUCACCAAAUCUAUGAUGAACUCGAUGCGGAAACAAUUGUCUUUUCAAUGCGAAUCGUAUCCAAAAGAUUCUAUUUAAUUACCAAUGUUUAUAAUCGUCUGCAAUUAGAUUUCCGUUAUAUAUCGAAAUCUCAUAUGCGAAUGAUGGCACAGCUCAUCGAUCCACAAAAUGUUAUUUCACUUACACUUGCUGAUGUAAAGGAAACAUCCGGUCAAAUCAAAUUAUUUCUUUCUCAUUUUUCUACUGACAGAUUCAUUCGUUUGCAUUCAUUGACGCUCACUUAUUUAAAUGAUGAAGAGUUAGAUCAAUUGGCAAAACUGAUUCACAGAUCUUCUCUUAGAACUGUAUCGAUAUCGUUUAUGGAUCCAGAAUCGAAUCAAGCGAAGCAGUUUCUAACAUCAAUUUUAAUACGUGAAACCCUUCGCACAUUGAAACUUGAAAAUGGAGAUUGGAUCAUUAAUGGCACACGAUGGCCGAAGCGAUGUAAACUGCAGGAUAUGAUUAUGUAUCGUGGAUGCGAUUGGGACACAGCUUACUUUAUUGUUAAAUAUUCAUCGAAUCUACGAAAACUUACUAUACGAUGUAUUCUAAAGUAUAACAUUGAUGAAACGAUAACUUUAUUACCUGAUAUGAAACCGUGCAAUCAUUUAUCUUACCUUUCCUUAUGUGUGACGACUGAUCUAACUAUUGAAGAUGUCGAGAUAUUUCUCGGACUUUUUCCUAAAUUAACUUAUCUUGAAUUAACUUGUCUAAAAGAUGAAGCUAAUUACUCAUUAUUCGAUGGUCGUAGAUGGGAAGACUUUAUUCAAACGAAAUUGCCUCUAUUGGAUCAAAUCAAACUCGAUCUUGUCUACUCGGUACGUGGAAAUGGUGAAAACGUUCCUACAGUUGAAUCAUUAAUUGCUCCAUUUCGCUCAUUGUUUUGGAAAAAAGUGAAACAUCUUGUUGUUAAUUGCGAUGAAGAAUACGAGAAUGAUCAUCACAAGUUUCAUCUUUAUUCAACACCGAGAUCUCGAGAAGAAUUCGAUUAUUCUCAUCAACGAAAGACAAUCGUCAGAUCUAUAUCGAAUAUUGUUGAUUACAAUCAACCGAUCAUCAUCAAUACGAAAAAAUUAACUCUAGAUUUAAAUCCAACAACAAACACAAGCAUCCAAGACAACACUAGUUUAACAAGACCGUAUAUAUUUCAAAAAGUAACGGAACUUGAGUUAUUGAUUGAGCAAGAAUGGCCGAUCAACGCAAUAAAACAUCUUUCAACAAUGGUUAAUUUAUUAACUCUUCGAACAAUAUGCUUAAACUUCAAAUCCGAUUGCAAUUUCAUCGUCAGUUUAGACGCCGAAAUCAAAGCACUAUUCGAGCAAACAUUGAAUUUACGUUCAAUACGAAUUAUGUGUAAUGACUACAUUGGUAUGAAAGUCUUAGUCCGUGAUUAUUCUGAAAAGUUAAUGUUAAUAACUCGUAAUAGUAUUGCUUUGAAUUUACCCCGUCAUAUCAAAACACUUGAUAUUGAAGUUAAGGAUGUGGAAGAUGCCAAGACAGUAUUAGAACAUAACAAAUAUUUGGCACGUGUUACAUUUCGGCCAAUCUAUAGGGGUGAGAGGUUUUCAGAUGGUAUCGCUGAAUGGAUGAAAAACAUGAAUAGAGAUGACACACUUAGAGACGAUUGGGACGUUUUUUGUGGAUGCGACUCCGACAAGUGUGAUUCAAUUAAAGCUGUUCAUCUAUGGCUUGAAAAUAAAUUGGACUGA